AUGGCCACGACCACAACACUGUUCCGAGUGUUCUUGCGCCGCCAAACACCCGGAGCCCAAGGACUGCGCAACCGCUUGGCACAGCAGCAACAGCGCCGCGCCAACUCCAGCUCCGAAGCACCCAAGCCGAAGAGGGCAGAGGAUCCUAUUCCCGUGCCAAACACCAUCACGACGAUCCCGUUAUGGCAGCGCCUCGGACCCUUGACCCGCGCCGGAGAGGGUUAUGCCCGAGCCCAGCGCAAGAGACCUCUGACGACGCAGUUCAUCAGCUCUCUGGUCAUCUACUUUUGCGCCGACCUCUCGGCCCAGAACAUGAGCGGCAACGACUACAACCCCGAGCGGACGAUGCGCUCCUUGAUCAUUGGCGCCAUUUCCUCUAUUCCCAGUUAUAAGUGGUUCAUAUUUCUCUCCCAAAACUUCAACUACGCCUCGCGACUCCUCUCGCUAGCCACCAAGGUCGUGGUGAACCAGUCGUUCCUGGCUGGCGACAACUUUGAUCAAAUCAUCGACCGUAUCCGACAAUGUGUGCCCGUGAGCAUCGUCAACUCGUGCAAGCUGUGGCCAGCAGUGACGGCCUUCAGCUUCUCUUUCAUCCCGAUGGAGUAUCGUAGCGUCUUCUCGGGCGUGAUCGCAGUUGGGUGGCAGACCUAUCUGAGCUUCUUGAACAGACAGGCUGAAGUCGUCGAGGAGGCAGAGGAAGUCCAAGAGAGAACGCAUGCGGUGCAGGCCAUCGCUGCUCCUGAGAGGGCGUCCGCCCUCCGAACCGUCAGAAAUCCUGCCAUCGUCCGUCCCAGACUCCCUAGCAACAUCCCUCGACGUCAUGCAUCUACCGGCACCGGCUCCUCGACAGAAUCCCAGGCCGGCUCGGGUCUGAAGACUGGCCUAUACAGCAUUGCCCUUGCCGGGUCCCUCUACAUCUCCUACCUCUAUGUCACCGACACGAGAGCCUCGAUCCACGGAUUGGCGCCCAUCUUGAUGCGCUUUACCUGGAGCGACGCCGAGGACGCCCACCACGCCGGCACAGGCAUGAUGAAGACCCUCUACGAUCUCGGUCUGCACAUCCGCGAGCGCGACAGAACCCUUGCCGAACAUCCUGCUCUGGCGACCGAAGUCUACGGCAUGAAGUUGACCAACCCCAUUGGCAUCAGCGCCGGUCUUGACAAGCACGCCGACAUCCCUGACGCCCUCUUCGCCCUCGGUGCCGGCAUCGUCGAGGUCGGUGGCUGCACGCCUCGCCCGCAGGACGGCAACCCCCGCCCUCGCGUAUUCCGCGUCCCCAGUCUCGACGGCAUGAUCAACCGAUACGGUCUCAACUCGCGAGGUGCCGACAGCAUGGCCAUUACACUGAGGGAGCGCGUGCGCAAGUUUGCUCGCAAGGUUGGCGCGACGGAGCAGGAGGUUUUGGAUGGCGAGGCCGGUGUUCCUGCUGGCAGUUUGCUCCCCGGCAGACUGCUGGCUGUGCAGAUUGCCAAGAACAAGGAGACGGACCAAAAGGAUGUCAAUGCCGUCGCUCAGGACUACGUCUACUGCGUGCAGCGUCUUGCUAGGUAUGCCGAUAUCCUGGUGGUCAACGUCAGCAGCCCCAACACCCCUGGCCUCCGCGAUUUGCAGGCCACGGAACCUUUGACGAGGUUGUUGAGCGCUGUCGUUCAGGAAGCUCGCAAGGUGGACCGCAAGGUUCCCCCCAAGGUCAUGGUCAAGGUUUCCCCUGAUGAGGAGGAGGAUACCCAACUCGAGGGCAUUGUCCAGGCCGUCUGCAGCAGCGGUGUCGACGGCGUCAUCGUGGGCAACACCACCAACCGUCGCACUGGCAUCGUUCCCCAGGGCGUCAAGCUUACCGCCAAGGAGCAGAAGGCUCUGCAGGAGACGGGCGGAUACUCGGGACCCGCCAUGUACAACAGAACUCUGGACUUGGUCGGAAGAUAUCGCAAAAAGCUCGAUGCCCAGACCCUCCAGACCGGCUCGGCCGAGGAGGCGGCCACCAUUCCUGACGUUGACGGAUCCCUCUCCGGCAACCUUUACGAUCUGAUCGAGGGCAAUGAUACCCCGAGAAAGGUCAUCUUCGCGACAGGCGGCAUCACAAAUGGAGAGCAGGCGCUCAAGAUUCUCAACGCGGGCGCUAGCGUGGCCAUGGUGUACACUGGCUUGACGUACGGCGGACCGGGAACAAUUACAAAGAUAAAAAGGGAGAUUAAGGACCGGGCGUAG